AUGGAGCUGCUGAUAAUGAUCGACGCCUGCAAGCGGGCGUCGGCCGGGCGCAUCACCGCCGUGAUGCCCUACUACGGAUACGGACGCACCGACAAGAAAGACCAACCGCGGGUGCCCAUCACUGCCCGGCUGGUGGCCGACCUUCUGACCGCUGCCGGAGCCGACCGGGUACUCACCGUAGACCUGCACGCUCCCCAAUAUUUCGCCGACAAGGGAAUUGAUGACCUGGUGGUGGUGGCCGUGGACAUCGGCAUCAGCAAGAAGGCCCGCGACGUUGCUGAGCGGCUUUCGGCCCCUCUCGCCAUUAUCGAAAAGCGGCGCACCGACAACAGCGGGGAGAGCGAGCUUAUGAACGUUAUCGGUGAGGUGGAAGGCAAGGUGGCUUUGACCUUCGAUGACGAAAUCGAUACUGGUGGCACGGUGGUUAACGCCGCCAAGGCCCUGCUGGACCACGGCGUCAAGGAGGUGUACUGCUGCGCCUCCCACCCGGUUCUGUCGCGCAACGCGCCGGAGACCAUGGCGCAAAGUCCAUUCACCGAGAUCGUGGUGACUGACACCAUCCCCAUCAGCCCGGAUAAGCGCAACGGCAAGAUUACCGUGCUGGCUGACCCGGGCGAGCGGCGAGUUUGCGGGGCUGCUACGGCCCGCUGUACGGGCGACCCGACGCGCGACUACCUGAGGCAACUGAUGCCGGACGACGACGAACUUAGGGACCUGAUCGCCCUGGCCGAAGAGGAGUGCCUGUCGGAACUGGUUGACGACGAGGACGAAGGCACCUCGAUAGAACUGCACCAAGUGAACGAGGGGACUGAUGACACGUAUCGGGGCUCGCAGAGCAAGAGACAGAUAUACGAGCACCAGCACGUAGACACCCUACGCCGGUCGGAACAGCGGCUGGAACAGGAGCAAAGGACUCUCGCGGACUGCCAGGCCGCCGCCAAGGAGGCGCAGGACCGCGUGCCUGCAUCACCGCCGCCGCUGGACGCCAACGCGCUGGAAAGGCGGCGAGCGGCGCUUCGUAACGCUCGCGGCAGGCUGAACGAAUACGAACGGGCCCGCCAGAGCCGCGAGACGCUGGUGGGUCAACUGAAUGCCCUGAUCGCCGGGCACGAGUCAAGCGAUGCAUCCUCGAGCGCGGCGCCCAACCCGCUGGCGACGGCAGUUUCUCGACAGGUGUCGGAUGCGGAGGCGUUGGAGGCAUCGGCCUGGCGGCUACUGGUUGAGGCCGCUGCGCCCCUAGGCAUCGACGGGGAUCCCACAGGCGCAGCGCUGGACAGCACCGAGGCGCGACUGGAAACCCUCAGGACUGCACUUUCGACCUGGAACGAUGCCAAGGAGAAGGUCGAUGAGGCCAAACGGCGUCUUGAGGAGCAGGAGCGAAGGGUGGAGGCUGCGGCCGCUUCGCUCACUGACGCGAACAAAUCCAGGGAAGCAGCCCGCAGCAACUGGGUGGAGUGGCUGGGACAACACGGACUUCCCACCAGCUUCACGCCGGACACCGUUGUGGAGUUCCUAGGCCACGUCGAAACCACGCGAGUAAAGAUGGAGCAGGUCGGGGACAACCGGAGGAGAGUAUCGGCAAUCGAAUUCGACAUCCGGCAGUUUCGUGAGAGAGUGGAACCGCUGGCCCUUCGACACGACGUGCAGGUGGACUCUGAGGACUCGAGUAAAUUGGCGCUAGCCGCAGACGAGCUCAUUCGCAGGCUGGACGAGGCGGAGACCGCCUACCACAGCCGCGAGCGAAACAGGGAACAGGCCGAGGAGGACCGGCAACUGCUGGAGGGAAGGAAGCGGCGACUAGAGUCGGCGGAGGAGGAUCUGUCCGCGCUGCUUACGGCAGGAGGGACGGAUGACACCGAGGAGUUCCGUCGCCGGGCGCGACUCGACGAGGAGCGAGGGGGCGCUUGA